AGGUGAUUGGUCCGGAGGCGGGGACAGUGAACGCGUCUACUAAUCUCAUUGGCCGUGUUGUCCGCGUGACGUCACAUGGUCGCGCCGUGUCGGCCGCUAUGGAGGUGAACGGAGAUGAAGGUAAUCUGAGGGGGGUUCAGCGUGUGGUGCUGGUUCUGUCUGGUAAAGGAGGAGUGGGUAAGAGCACCAUCACCACAGAGCUCGCCCUCGCCCUGCAGCACGCAGGAAAGAAGGUUGGGAUCCUGGAUGUGGAUCUGUGUGGUCCGAGUAUUCCACGGAUGCUGGGUGUUUCCCAGCAGGAGGUUCAUCAGUGUGACUCCGGGUGGGUUCCUGUGUACGCGGACCCUCAGCAGCGUCUGGCUCUGAUGUCAAUUGGUUUCCUGCUGGAUGACCCUGACGAGGCUGUCGUCUGGAGAGGACCCAAAAAGACCGCUCUGAUUGGUCAGUUUGUGCGUGACGUGGCGUGGGGGGAGUUAGACGUGUUAUUGGUGGACACUCCCCCUGGAACGUCUGAUGAACACCUCGCCGUGCUGGAGAGCCUCCGUAAACACAGAGUGGACGGAGCGGUGCUGGUGACCACGCCACAGGCGGUGUCUACAGGAGAUGUGCGGCGCGAGAUUACGUUCUGUAAGAAGACCGGAGUGAAGAUUCUGGGGAUCGUAGAGAACAUGAGCGGCUUCGUCUGCCCACACUGCUCUGAGUGCAGCAGUGUUUUCUCUCGAGGAGGAGGAGAGGAGCUGGCUAAGCUAACAGGAUCAGUGUUUCUGGGCUCCGUGCCCCUGGACCCCCUCCUCAGUGCCAGCAUAGAGGAAGGCCAAGACUUCCUAAAGGCGUUUCCGGACAGCGCCACCUACAGCUCGCUCAGAGCUAUAGCAGAGUCAGUGCUGAACCGCCUGCAGGACUGACUCCACAUCAGCUCCACAGAGGCUCGUUAAAGCUCGUUAAAGCUCGUUAAAGCCUGUUGUUCACAGUUUCCUUCUCAGCCUGAAUAUAUUCGAUCGGCCAAGUCACGGUCACUCCUGAAGUUCGCGUCUUUAGUCUUACACAAAAAGCCGAGCGCCGUUCAGGCUGCGGGCGUCCGCUGCUGGUUUAGCCCUGUUUAUAGAUGAGCGCAGGUCAGAAACCCGGGAUUCGUGACUCCAGACUUGUGACCUGUGAAAUUUCAGCCUGAGACAGCGAGCGUGUGUUGGUCCGCUGGCUGGAUAAGGUCGGCACCCCAGAUCGCUGUUCUCCAUACGAGCUCUAGAGCCUUUAAUCUCCCCAAACAGACUUUAAAUGCACAGAGACCCUGAUUUUAGAAAAGAAACUAAGAGCCAUAUUACAAACAACUGCUGUUAAAGCAGAAUAUUAGACAGAAGUCCACUGAUCAUCCCUCGUUUUCCACUCACAGUCCAAUUUACUGAUUUUCCCCUCCCUCCGUCUUUAGUUAUACUAAAUUAGUAAAUAGUGUUAAUCCGUCUCGGCGUCAGCAACACCUCUUACUAUAACAUCGGUUUAUAUCAGGCCUAGUCCUUAUUCUUUCUCUCCGUUGUUUGCAGAAUAAAAGUCUCUGUGCUUUAAAAUCUGUUUGAGGAGAUUUAAAACUCCUCCCGAGGGGGGACCUUUUCAACCCGGCGGACCGACUGCGUCUGUCGGUCAAACUGAAGGGUUUUCUGUAGUGAAAAGCUCCCCGACUGCUGCGCACUGCCUGCAGCUAACAGCGAAGCUAAACCAGCAUCCUCUACUAAAGACUCGACUCGACUCGACAUGAACUGACUCGUGAGCUCAACAUAAGCGAGUCUGUCUGAGAUUAAACAGCUGCACAGAGUCAGAGGUGUGUAAGGAUUAAGGCACUGUGCUAAUUGAUAAUCAGGUUCCGUUACUUGGCCGAUUGACCGCAUGUGGGGUGAGGUGGGAAACCGUGUGAAGGUGGGUUUUAACGGUCCAGACGAGUCGCUCUUAUCAUCGGAGAUCCUGGAGAUUCAGCGCUGCUGGUUCUGCUACGGCAGCUACCCAGCAGGCCGAGCGGGAGCAGCGGAGGGGUGAAGGGUGUCGACCGACUGCGUUCGGAAAGAGAAGCGAAACCCAAAACAUCAGAGCAGCUUCUUUCAGUCAUGCUUUUUUUUUCUAGAGGGGAAUUUUCUACUGAGCUGAAAUUGAAAGAAAGCAAUUCACUGUGGUUCAGUGUGACGUGGUUCAGACGUCUUUACAGUGGCGGUGAUGGGAACCAGACGUCUGCGUGAAACGGCUAUACUUGUGUUGUAGUCAUGCUGACCCCUGGUUCCCAUCAUCACCACUGUGACCAAUUCUGUCCAUGUAGAACUGACCAUUUCACACCAAACCACACUCAGAGGCUCUGUUUACGCGCACUCUGGACGGUGGACGUCCCCUUUCAGCUCUGAUCCCUCCGUGUUCAGUUCACAUAUUAAACAGGCCGUUUUCUUCA